UUUUAUUUUAUUUUAUUUUAUUAUGGAAUUUGAUGAAAGAUGGCUUAAAAGGCCACAUAGUACAAUAAAUCAACAACGAAAUGUCGACAAAGAAUUACAACGCAUAAAAAGUUUAGGAGUUGUGUCUGUAUUGAAUAAAAAUUUUCAACAAGAAGUAGUAACAAUAGCGCCAUCUUCAAUUGAAGAUGCAGGAAAAUCUCGAACUGAUUCUAUUUCUCAACAGGUUAGACGAACAAGUGUCAUAGGUCAGGGAUUUACUAUUAACAAAUCGUUACCUUCUUCUAAAAGCAAACCUCGAGUAGUACCAAUGGGUUCAAUUGUUCCUACUACAAUCAUGUUAGAGCAGUCACCUACUUCUCCACCCUUAGCGGAGAAGGAAAUAUUAAUGAAUGAAGAAGAAGAAAAAGAAGAAAGAGAGGAUAAUAAUCCUCUUGAGAUGACCGAGUCGGCUAUUAUGAUGGAUACAGACAAGGAAGCGCUUAAAAAACGAAUCACUGAACUUGAGGAACUAUACACAGGAUCAAUAAAGAAACUACAAGAUCUUGAAUCUCAAAACAAGACACAAUCACACCUAUUAAAACUACAAGAUGAAUUAAUCCACUGUCUUUCACAUCAAAUUGAAGAAUAUACCCAACCAAAUCAAGAUUUAGUAGUAUCAAUGGAGAAAGUACAUAAAGACAUUCAGGGGCUCUCUAGCGAAAUGAAUGAGCUUGCACCUUUAAGGUCUAGAUAUGAAACGGAUCUAAUUGAUAUAAAGGAGCAAUUAUCUUCUUAUGAUUAUACCUUGGACGAACUUGAAAAGAUGGCCGAAAGAGUGCAAGAGGAGAGUAGAUCACAAGCGUUAUAUAUUGAUACAAAAGUGCAAACGCUCUUUGAUAAAUUGUCACAGAAAGAGAGUCGAAUUCAAGAAUUACAACAUUCAUAUACCAUUCAUAGUAACCCUUCUUCAGCAAAUCAAUCUCCAAUUUAUUCUGCUAGAUCUUCUUACCUUUCUGAAAAUGAAAAUAAAUUCUAUAGACGAUCCUACAUUUCUUUUUGGAAAGGAAAUGUCUUACCUCCUGCCUCCCCUCCACCUUCUAUGCCACUUCCACCUAUUCCUCUCGAGAGUUAUCGGUCUGGAUCUGGAUCUAUUUUAUCAGAGAUAUCUAAAGCUUCAGGUACUCACUUGCCCAUGAAUAUGAAUGAAACCAAUUCAAUUAGUUAUGAUGAAAUAGAUAUUCAAUUAUCUGAUGAAGCCUAUUAUAAAGAGUUUACAAAUCAAUUACAAGAAAAGCUUUCCAUUUCAAAAGAAAUUGAUGACCUUGAUGUAUGGAGGCCGAGUGACUAUGAUUAUAUACAAAGAAAGAUUGAUACAAACUGGAAUACAAGUGAAACUAGUGAACAUAAAGAACAUCAUGCUUUCUGGAAAGGUAUGAAAAAGAAGUUGAGAGUGUAAUUAGAAUACAUAUAUGAAUAUAUUUAUAAUUUAUGAUUGAAUAAAGCAUUAUACCUUUUUUUUUUCUUUUUUUUUACAAGUUGAAAUGUAUAUUAUAAAAUCAAUAGGAG